AUGACGAGGAGUAAGGUGAAGCUUGCAUAUAUUUCCAACGAUUGUAAGAGGAAAAGCACCUUUAGAAAAAGAAACAAAGGUCUUCUGAAGAAAGUGAACGAGUUAUCGACUCUAUGCGGUGUCUCUGCAUGCGCCAUCGUCUACAGUCCCUACACCACCAAUCCCGACGUUUGGCCGUCAAAUGCCGGCGUUCACAGCGUCAUUUCGGAGUUCCGGGGGUUGCCGGUGCUGGACCAACAAAAGAAAAUGUUGGACCAAGAGGCGUUCAUCAGACAACGCAUAACCAAAGCUUCCGAGCACCUUAAGAAAGUGAGUAAGGAGAACAGGGAGCGGGAGAUGACUGAACUCAUGUUCCAGUGGUUAAAGGGUAACGUGGGUAGGUUUCACCUAAAUAUUGUAGAUCUCAAUGAUUUAGGUUUUAUGAUUGACCAAAAACUGAAAGAUCUCAAUCGGAGGAUCGAUGUUUUGGGGUAUCCUGCUGCUAUGGAGGUCGGUGAACCCUCCAAUGCUGCUGCGGCUGCCGCUGCUUUAUUUAACUCUAUUCAGCAGCAGCAGCAGAUUCCUCCUCCGGGGGCUCCAAAUGUUGGACUCUAUGAGCAACCUUGGAAUCAGACUCAGAAUCAGUAUCAACAGCAAAGCUUUGUGGAGAUGAUGAAUGAGCAAAUGGGGUUUCAGUUCAUGGGUCAUAACCACCACCACCACCACCACCAACCGCAGCAGCAGCAGAUCCCCGGUGAUUCCUCCAUCGCUCCGGCAGCCGCCAGCUCAAGCAGUGCGAAACCCCGUUACCGGGCCAAACCCCACCACCAACCCCAUUUGGUUCCCAUAGGAUUUUCGAGAGUUGAUUACGAGGUAGUUGGUCAGCGCCUUGCGCGGGCAUGA